AUGUCCUGCCUCCCAUUUGUACUGGACCCUCGCCGCCCAGAAGAGAGCAUCGACGUGACUAUGUCACCGCGGCCCAUCGCGGGGUAUAUCCCCCCCAGAGGGCACCCUCAUGAAGCACCAACACGCGUACUUUCUAUAUGUAUCGGGACCAGACUCAGAGGUCUCGUGAGGAAGAUGGUGUUCAUCACAAAUAAUGCAGUAACUGGACAAAGGCUAGCAACGAGGACAGCCUUUCAGUGGGCGAACUCCGGCGGGACGCUAUUCGUGAUGCACGUCACCUGCGCCGACAUCUUGCGGCGCAUCUUCGACGCGGAAGACAUGAACACCAAAUCACUGGCACGCGUCUCCCAGAUCGAAGAGGUCGUGGGCAAGGUGCAAGGCGGGGCGAGCGCUGGGUGGCUACCUCUUGUUCGGUACAAGGAAGUAGGGGAGAAGAUCGACCUCGCGCCGUUCUGGAGCCAUCAACCUGAUACUCCGAGCAUGGGGAGCAAUGUGUUCGAUUGGGCACGACUAGAGAACAGUAGAUAUAAGUGGCUGGUGAGCCGGCCAGAUUUCGUCGCCAAGGUGGACGAGAAGAGAUUGCCUUGGGGCGACGAUUUCGAAGUCGGGGAGGGCAGCAGACUCUCGCACCACCCCUUAGAACUUCUCUACCUCCUCCUCCCCCACCUCUCCCCUCGUUCAUACGCCAUGCUCGCCUCGACCUUCUCUUCCGCUAUAACGCACUCACCAUCUUCCAGCCCCACGCGCGAGACCUCGUCAUCACCCUUCGCUAGGCCAUACCCACAAAGGAAGAAUACGAAGUCGCGCCCGAGGAGGUCCGUGGCAUCAUGGCAUCCGAAGACGCGAAGCUGGCGCCCGUCGAUGGGGAUUGUUUGGGUACUUGUCGAAGGUGCAUACGUCGAAAGGGAUGCGGGUGCGGCGGUGGAUUUUGGGGGAGUGCGAGGAGGUGAAGAGGGUGUAUGA